UCAGAAUGCGUCAUGGAUUUAUACGGAAGCAAGAUGAGUAUUUGGUACUUGAAUUUGCCAAUAGCAAGUCUGUGCGUAAACGAGUUGUCUGUGACAGUGACCAAGAUCAAAAUAAAUCCCAAGAAAUUCAAGGUUUGAUUGUUACAGUCAGCACCAUGACAGCAAUUAUCAGUGUAGUUGUUAUGACCCUUAUUGUCGCAGCGUUGACAGUAUUGCUGAUUAAAAAGCGGCGAACGAAUCAAAGAACACGGCUGACAGAAGUUGGAUACGUACACGAACAAACAAGCUAUAUAACACCUAUUUCUGAUGCAGCUGGAGAUGGGGCUUCCACAACAAUACAACAUAAUGGCACAGGUGAAGUCGGAACACAAAAUUCACAAAAGAUUGUCUAUGAGUCACUGGGUGAAAGAAACGAUGAGGAACACGGCUAUGGAGCAGUAAAUACACAAAGGAGGGCUUAUGAGUCAUUAGGUGAUCGACAUGAUAAGGAACACAGCUACGGAACACCAAAUACACAUAGGAGCGCUUAUGAGUCUUUGGGUGACCGACAUGAUAAGGAACACAGUUAUGGAACACCAAAUACACAUAGGAGUGCUUAUGAGUCUUUGGGUGACCGACAUGAUAAGGAACACAGAUAUGGAACACCAAAUACACAUAGGAGUGCUUAUGAGUCUUUGGGUGACCGACAUGAUAAGGAACACGGUUAUGGAACACCAAACACACAAAGGAAUGCUUAUUGAGUGAAAAGCAUGAUGAGGAACACAGCUAUGGAGCAUCUGCCCAAGCAACAAGAGAGGAUUUAAUCAACCAUUAGAAGAGAAGAAAGGGUGGACACACACAACUAAAAUAGCUGGACAGCCAAGGGAAUUAGCAUAUGACUCACUAGGAGAUAAAAUAAAUGAAACACACUGCGAUGAAACAUCAGGCCAAACAGCUCAUGUGAAGCCUUAUGAAUGGGUUUAAUAAACCUAAAAAUGUACGCAUGAAUGGAAUACAAUACAAUUUUAUAUAUUAUAAAAUAUAAAUAUAUUAAGUUAAAGCAAAUGAAUAUAUAUAUCUGUGACAAGCAUUUUUCAAUUGUGUAUCAUGUCUCAUACUUCCAACUACUCGUUGUAAAAUGUACGAAUUUAGACCAAUCAGAAAUAAUUUCUUUACUUCUAUAAUUCACAACAUGCUUCUUUAGAUAGCACAAUAGUGCUAGGGUAUACAUAGGUAGAUUGAUAAUAGUGAGAUCAUUCUGUAUCCAACAAUUGAUGUAGGCACAUCGGGGAUUCAACUAAUAGUUAAUCCAAGUGCCUUGAUCGGAAUGUUAUAGCAGCUACACUUCAGUGCAGAUGAAUCAUAUGAAAGAAGGCAUUUGUCCUUCAUAGACGAAAGAAGAGUUGCAGUAUUGUAACUACUAGGUUCAAUCUUUCGGACCAGCGCAUUGAAGUAUACCUUUACGGGAUAGUCGAAUGCUAUAGACCAUAACAAAUAUAGGCUGAGCAUAGGGAGGCCGAGACAGAGAUACAAAGUUUGGAUUUAAUCGAGUUAAAAAAGAAGCAACUUACACAGAAUGUAAAAACUAUGUACAUCGCAAAGUUUGAAAGAAAUCAGUACCUCCUAUCAAAUGAUGCCUGACAUUAUGCAAAAGACAGGUAGGAAAUGCUUUGCCUGCUUUCAUAUUAAUGAGAGACUUUCAAUAUGGCUGUCAUAUCGUUGGUUAUUUCGAAUUAUGUAAAGAUAUUUGAUACAACUCUCCUGUAUACUUGCGGGGUGAGAGGAAUAUGUCUGUAAACAUGUAUGGGAGAUGAUAGAAACAUAAAAGCAAAUGAACUGCUUUUGACAGAACCUCAGUGAAAAUAUUGCGUAGUCUUUUAUAUAAAAUGUUAUUACUAUGUAUCUUUAAUUAUUCAUGCAAAUCUAUACACUUACUGUUCGGUUUCAGUUCGCAAAUAUUCAGUUCGCGGUAUGGAUUCUUCAAGUGUUUCUAUCAUAAGUGAUGUUUAGGGAUAUUUAAGGAUUUUAGCGGCAUCGAUGCUGUUUAGUUCCGAGCCAUAUGGAAUGUAUUUGAAAAACAUGAGUUCAUUUUCUUAGUUUCUAUGUCGCAACAUUUCUCACGUAUACCGUUCCUACCGUUAAAGAGAAAGUUGGUCGUUUUGUAACGUUUUGCAGUCUGGUGAUAAUUUGACUGUCAGAUAUACAGUUGUUUCAUCUGUAAGAAGUCUGUUUUUCGCAUUUUAUGCAGACAAUAAUGUCAUUAAUGUAGGGUAGAAAGAGACAAGGGCCAAGAACAGAGCCGUUGGACAAACUGGACGGUAGACUCUCUGAAAUAGAAAAAGUAGAAACUUCACAGGUCGCCCAACACGACAAAAACGAAAAUGUUGCAGGCUCGGUUUGAUUGAGCCUGUUCAUAGACGGUAGUGGAAAUACAUGCUACCUUCCACACCCUGUAGCCCCGGGUUGAGCAGAACUCAACAUUUACACAUGCUAAAAGUAUAAAAAGCGAUUUAGAGACAUCCGCAGAUGUAUUCAAACGGCGUCGAACAUGAAACCUUCAAUGAUACAUGGGUUUUGGCGUGUAAUUCCAUGAAAUAUGGCGUUUGGUCUCCACAUAAAGUAAUGGGUUUGCCCCAAACGAGAAAACAAUGGGCAGAACUAAACAAACUGGAAUAAAGAAAGGGGAUCUGAGGUUAUGGAGUCUGUAUAUCACAGAAACUGUGAAAAGACAAAAUUGAAAAGCAGGCACCAUAUCCAAGGGGUGAUUAUACAAUACCCAAGGCUAUGAAAGCGGGAGUAAUGGAACCACCCAGGCCGAAAUGGUCAUGCUGAAAAACUAAACAGUACCAAUAACACGACAUAAAAGUCGUGCUAAACGAUCUGAGAAGAUCGAAAUAUAACAGCCCUGAUUGAAUGUACGGGGAGACGUUUUACGGCCGCCACACGGCACUAACAACGGUGCUGUGAUAAUAAAAUAGAAAAAGUAGAAACUUCACAGAUCGCUCAACACGACAAAAACGAAGAUGUUGCAGCCUCGGUUUCAUUGAGCUUUUGACGGUAGUGGAAAUGCAUGCUACCGUCCACGCCUUCUAGGCGUGAAAUCCAGCCAUCUACUACAACACUUAAUCCACCUUGAUGUCAGAGGGUGGAUCUCUAGCUGUUCGAGUAUGGGUAUUAAUUUAUCAUGAUCAGCUCAGUCAAAUGAUUUAUUAAAAUCCAUAACAGUGUUUUGUUUUUGUGUGAACAUAGCAUUGUUUCGGCGUAACGUUACUGAGACUUUUUAAGUUACUUCCCUUGCAUAUGAAAUCAGCUUGAAGAGCUUAUAUCUGAAGUUUUGUACUGUUGUCAUAUUCCUGAGUAGUUUGAAAUCAGCUUUUUAGGAGACGUUAUCAUCAUUAGUAUGGUACAAAGUUGAAUAAGUUUCUUUCAUUGACAAUAUCUUUUAAAAUCUUUUGAAAUAUGCUAUUUAAAAUAUAUUAUAAAUUUUACCUAGUAUUUUAUUUAUCUGUUUGAUUUCUUACUGUUACUUAAGGUAUAUUAUUACUGAAUUGAUAUACUUUUGAUCUAUAAAUAAACAUAUCCCUCCCUGACUAGAAGUAUCUAAUGAUUUUUUUUUCAUGUCUCUUAUUGAGAUCUAG